AUGACAUAAAAUUGCUUUCGAGAAUCGAGCAUCGAUAAGUUUAUUUUUGAUGUAUGAACAUAAUUCAGUUUUGUUUUUAAUAUUCAAGUCAACAUAUAUAUGAAUAAUAAAAUAAAAUAUUUCCAUGCAUAACGAAUUUCUCAUGACAAAAAUUGGAAAUGAUAAAUUAUGAAUCGUCAUGAUAAUUACACGAAACGAAUCUUCAAGGACAACACUGUCGUCACCUUUUUUUUUGCUAUGUUAUGAGAGGAGUAAUAAGUAAUAAAUUCGCUUGUAAUGCUUAUUCUUAAUACACUUUCCAUUCUCGUCCAAGUGGUGUUUAUCGUGUUUAUGUCAUUGAUAUCUAUGAAUAUAAUUCGACAUUUUACCAGUGUUAAGAAGAUGGUUCUAAUCGCUCCUGCAUUAUUUGUUAAUCACGGUGGUGGCCCCCUUCCUCUAUUGGGGGACAAGGAACACAUAGGACUCACAAACUUCCUACGAGAUGGAAUAAAAAAACAUGUGAAUUUCAAUGAAUUGAAAGCGAUUAUUCUCGUGACAGCACACUGGGAGGAAAAAAAAGUAACAAUAUCGUCGAGUGAACACCACGAUUUAUAUUUCGAUUACUACGGCUUCCCGCCAGAAUCCUAUAAGUACAAGUACGACGCGCCAGGUAAUCCAGAACUGGCAAAGCAAAUACAAAAAACAUUGUUAGAAUCUGGGAUUGAUGCAAAAUUGGACCCACAGAGAGGUUGGGACCACGGCGUCUUCGUUCCUAUGAUGCUGAUGAAUCCGGCAGCAGACAUACCCAUUGUACAAAUAUCAGUUCUCACCAGCCAAGAUCCAAGCGAGCAUUACAAAAUUGGUGAAGCCUUGUACAAAUUCCGCAAAGAAGGUAUUGCUAUUGUUGGAUCUGGAAUGUCGUACCACAAUAUGCGUGCCUUUAUGACCGAUCGCUAUAAAGGAAAAGUUGUUAACGAAAAAUUUGAUGCAUUUUUAAAUGAGGCUUGUACAUCAAGUAAUGAUAAACGGAGAGAACAGCUGUUGAUGUGGGAUGCACAGCCGGAGGCGCGCGAUUCUCACCCUCCGAGAGCUGCUGAACACUUUAUGCCAUUAAUAGUUAUAGCUGGCGCUGGUGGUAAAGGUCCAGGUGAAAGGAUAUUCAAUUGGGACCUACGCAAUACUUUUAGGUUAAGUGGCUUUAUCUGGACGGGAGAGUAACAUUUACUUAUGGAAGCCAAUAUGUGAAUUAUUAAUUAAUGUAAAUACGAUACAUGCUUAAGUAAGUGUUAGUGCCUUUUAUUUGAUAAAAUAUCUAAAACAAACUGAAGUUUUAAAAAUGUUCUAUUUUGAAAUUGUGAGAAGUUUUAUUUUGUAGUUUUAGUUUGUGAAGUGAUUGAUACAAGUUAGUAAAAAACAUUUAGCAUUAUUCAGUUAUCUUGGUAUCAGAGGAAAUAACUAUAGAAAUAGAUAUGAUACUUGUAAAAGAAAGAAAUAUGAUAUACUAGCUGCUCGCCCAGGCUCCUUAUUAGAAAUUGUUUUUUUUUUAAGUUUGUGAAUUAUUUAAAGUUUGUUUGUCUAAGCAGAGUUCAGUAACGAUAAAAGUGGUGUAAAUAACACCAUUUCACCAUAACACCAUAUAUAUUGUUAUAUUUUAUAACUUAUUAUUACCUCUUUAUGAUACUUGUAUCAGUAGGUAGUUAGUUAUUAGUUUUUAAGUAUCUGUACUUAUCUAUUAAUCACACUACUGAAACUACUGAAUGGAUUUUGAUGAAAUUUGGUAUACAGAGAGUGAAUGAGCUGACUUUUUAUCCCGAUUAAAUGCUCCCAUUGGCUAACUUGAUCAUUCACAUGUCCUAGUUCCACACAGGCAAAGCCACGGGCGGAAGCUAGUAUCAUAUAAUUUAUAUUAAUAUUAUAACAUAGGGAAAUAUGUCAGAAGCCAGAACAGUCAUAAAAAGGCACUGAAUAUGCAUUAAACUGUAAAUUAUAAGGGACCAUGAUAUUGUUACUAGAUUAUACUAUUUAUUUAGCUUAUAUACAAAUGUUGGCA